AUGGGGUUUCCUUAUAGGGACGCCUAUGAGAAGGGCACGGUGGCGGUGCUGACGUACACCGGGAUCCUGACGGACCAGCUCUACCAUUGGACUUUUUUGGGGUCUUUGGGGGUGAUAGUUGCGGGUUUUGGGGUGAAAUUUGGGGUUUUUGGGGCUUUUUGGGGUAAAAAUGGGGUGUUUCAGGACGAGCUCCCGUCCCUGCCCCGCCCCCACCCGGCUCUGCCCUUCCUGGGACCCGAGGCCGAAGACCUGGAGGAUCUGUACAGCAGGUAUAAGAAACUCCAACAAGAGCUGCAGUUCCUGGAGGUUCAGGAGGAGUACAUCAAGGACGAACAGAAGAACCUGAAGAAGGAAUUUCUACACGCACAAGAAGAAGUGAAACGGAUCCAAAGCAUCCCACUGGUUAUAGGGCAAUUCCUGGAGGCCGUGGAUCAGAACACGGCCAUUGUAGGGUCAACUACAGGUUCCAAUUACUACGUGCGCAUACUGAGCACCAUUGACCGUGAGCUGUUGAAGCCCAACGCCUCCGUCGCCCUCCACAAACACAGCAACGCGCUGGUGGACGUGCUGCCCCCCGAGGCCGACAGCAGCAUCAUGAUGCUCAGCUCCGGUAUGGGGGGGAGAGACCCCCAAAUAUGGGGGGGGGAGACCCCAUAUAUGGGCUGGGAGACCCCCUAUAUGGGGCAGGGGGGGCUGGGAGACCCCCUAUAUGGGCUGGGAGCCCCCUAUAUGGGGCAGGGGGGGCUGGGAGACCCCCUAUAUGGGCUGUGAGACCCUCUAUAUGGG